CAAAGUCUAUUCACCCCUCCCCCCCUCUAGACUUUGUAUCUCACCAUUUUGGGACCACCAAUUGGUAUCAGAGCUUACUUCUCACUAUCUACGUUUAGAUUAACGAGAAGCGAUCAUAAUGGUGAACAAUAUGGAUCACGGUUUGCCCAAGUUUUCUCUUCUAGGUUAUGAUGAUUGGAAGAUCAUGAUGGAAGCACAUCUCUAUGCUCUACAUGACUGCAUGUGGAUGGUGCUUGAGGAUGGACCCUUGAAAAUCCAAAUGGAGAACCUUGAGAGAAAUCCAGCAACUCCAGAUGUAGUCCGGUACAUUCCAAAGCCCAAAGAAAAAUGGGAUGAUAGAGAUUGCAAAAAGCACAAUCUGGACAACGUCGCCAAAGCAGCCAUCUUCAAGACACUUGAUCCCAUCACCUUCUCCAAAAUCAAGCAUCUCAAGACUGCCAUGGAGAUAUGGCAAGGUCUUGGGAAGCUAUGUGAGGGAUCAGAAGACUUGAGAAAGCAGAAGAUAGAGGUCCUGCUUGAGAAGUUCAAAAGCUUCAAAAUGCUUCCCGGAGAAUCAUUCGAUAUGUUGGAUGAAAGAUUCCACAAAAUCUUGAAUGAUCUUGCAUCACUUAACCACGUUCUUUCUCCCAAAGAAAAGAAUGUAAGGUUACUGAGAUCACUUCCAACCGAGUGGUACACCAAAGCCACAGCCAUGGAAGAAGGAAGAAACCUGGAAAACUACACUAUCCAGGGUCUCCUUGAUGAGCUCAGAACCUAUGAGCACGAGCUGAAGAAGAAGAUGGAAGAACCCCAGCCGUCAAGCUCAAAAAUGGAGAACUAUGAUGAGGAAUUUGCCAUGAUGGUCAAGCAAUUCCGGAAGUUCAAGAAGUUCUUCAAAAAGACUGACUCAGUCAAAAGGCCAUCCAAGGGAAAGCCACAGGUAAGUGACUCCCCUCCUGAAUCUUAUUUAUGCUAUAACUGCAGGAAACCUGGCCACUGGAAGUCAGCAUGCCUGUACCCAAAGGUGGAGAAGUACGGAGAAAGAGAAAGGAACGAGAAGAAAAAGAAGGCAAUGGUUGCUGCUGAAAGUGACGAGUCAUCCAGCUCAAGCUCAGAUGAAGAAGCUCUCGUCUGCAUGGAGCGCAGAGCUGAUAAGUCCAACCAUGAGGAUAGGUGGACUAUGUCAGAAGAUGACACCCUCUGUCUAAUGGCCAAAGAUGAUGCUGAACAAGAGGUAACUUCACAAACCUCAUGCUCAUCUUCUUAUGAAAGCAUAUCAACUUCUGAAAAUCUUUUUGACCGGUUCAAAAAGAUGAUGGAAGAUUUUGAGGAAAUAAAUCUCAAACAUUCAUCCUUAACAGAGGAGAACAAACUAUUGAGUGAAGAGAAUCUCAAGUUGACUGAAGGUCGGAAAAGUCAACUGGAUGAGAUCACUCAGCUUAAGACUGAAAAUGAAUCUCUCUCUAAAAAGGUGAAAUCCCUUAGCAAAGAACUAGGGAUACUUAAGUCCAAAGAAGAAGUGGAUAAGCUUCUUGAAACAACCAACCAUAAGGGUCGUAAAGGACUUGGGUUUGACGCCUCUAGUUCCAAAAGGAAAGGGAGAACAACUUUCAUCCCUCCUAAACCUACUGCUAAACCAAAUAAGCAGAAAGGAAAGGAAAAGGAGAAACCAACAAAAGUUCCCAAAAAGGAAGCCGCUAAGUACCCAGGUGUCUGGUACUUAGACAGUGGCUGUUCAAGACACCUGACGGGUGAUGCGAGCCUUUUGAGCAAUCUAAUUCCCUAUGAUGGUCCAAGACUUACUUUUGGAGGAAGCAAUGAUUUUGGCCAUACUAAAGGGCUAGGAAAUCUGGUGUACAAGGGACUAACCAUCCAAGCUGUAUCUUAUGUUGAAGGUCUCAAUUAUAACCUUCUUAGCAUAAGUCAGUUUUGUGAUAAAGGUUACUCCUUGGAAUUCUACAAGGACAUGGCAUCUCUCAAGAACAUCUCCACAAAUGAAGUCAUUCUCACUGGGAAGAGAAUCAGAAACAUAUAUGAAGUAAUAUGGGAUGAUGUCAAGGAAGCUUGUCUAAUCAGCAAAGACAAGGAUGAAGAAGUCAAUGAAGGAGAUAGAAUGAAGCCCACGGAGUUCAUUCCAUUCAGAAGUCUGCCUCUGAAGACUUCACAGAGAAAUCCGGACUCAAAUAGAACUGAGCCUUCCGGAAAUCUUGGCCAGCCUUCCGAUAUUUCGGAUCUCUCAAACGGUGACAAUUCCGGAAAUGGCGACCUAGUGCCAAUCCAUCCGGAAACACCAACAACUUCUGUUCUUCAACCAGAAGCUGAACUAGAUCAACCAGUCAAUCCCAAUCAACACAAUCUUCGUUGGUUAAGGGAUCAUCCUCCUCAACAGAUCAUUGGAGACAUUCAAUCUGGCAAGUUGGAAGCCAAAUGCUCUUCACCGGCGUUCUAUCAAAGCUAUCUGGAGAUGAUAGCUGCUCAAGAACUCUCCGAAUUUCUUCAAAUGGAGAUUCGCCUCAAAUUUGAAGAAAAAGUUCUUGAACUCUACAGAAAUGGAGAAGUCAAGUCUGUUAAAUCAAAGAAGGACCCACAGAGGAUGAUUCAAGUCAUCAAAUCCACUGUUGGAGGUACCAAAGUGAAGCUUUCGCAGAAGAAACUGGGAGAAAAGCUUCAACUUCCCAACUCUGGAGCUGAAGUUGGGAGAUUUCCAGUCAAAAAUCUGGACUGGAACAUCAUUGGAAUUUCUAGGCAAAUUCAUUCUGGCCUAGCGAAGAAAGAAGAUCUGAACAACGACUACAAGUUAGUUUUGGAACUGGUCAUCGCAUGCCUUGAGUGUGGAAGUGGAGGUCAUGCUGAUGACAUCACCCAGGAGAGAGCCUUCAUCAUCAACGCUCUCAUUACCAAAUCUAAGGUAAACUGGGCUGCACAUUUCUUCAAAUCCAUCUCAAAACAUCUGGGAAAGCACAACCAGAAGUAUCUUUGUCAAGGUCUGUAUAUUGGACAUAUUUUGGAGUCUAUGGGUGCUGCUUCUAAAGGAAAGAAGUAUGAAGAAAGAUAUUGGUUAUACUAUCUGUCUUCAAAAGGGGAAAAUAGAGCUGGUGCUAGUGCUACUGCUGAGGAAAGCUCUUCAGAUAAUGUCCCACUCAUCCAUCUGACAAACACUGCCAAAAGGAAGCAUGUGGUGUCUCCCUCUCCAAGUGUUGAAGCAUCACAGAACCUUGCCUUGAUCAAUUUGGAAGAAGAAGAAGAAGUCUCUGUCCAAGGAGAACUUCAAAGGAAGAAGAAGAGGAAAAUCACCUCUCCUUCAACAUCUGGAAAUGUCAACACAGAUAAGUUGAAGGAGAAGGAACCUGCUGAGGAAACCUCUGCCCAAAACCGAAAUGUUGCUGAAAACAAAUUCUCGCAGCUCUACUAUAAUUGGAGAGCUUGGAAAGUUGGAAAUUCAGCAGAGCAAGUGUUGGAUUGGGAUCAACAACUCAAGAAUGAGAAGAUCAUCAAGAAAUGCCUAGGACUACCAGUCAACCACUGCUGUGAAGAUAUGUUGGAUGACUACUGGGUAUGGCAAAGGAACAAUGAGGAUCUGCAUCUGGAACACUUGGCCACCACACCAGUUUCAGAUUUUGAAGCAGAUGAUGAAGACACUGCAGUUUAUAAGCCAAUCUUUUCUAGAGUCACAAAAGAUCAAGUAAUUAUCACUUUUGAAGCAAUAGCUGACCUGGAACCAACAUCAGAAGAGUUUCAAAUCUUUCCGGAAACCUCACCUGUUUAUCAAGAGAAGGCAGCCUCUCCCCUACAAGAACAGAACCAUGAAAUAGCAGAAGAAGAAGAAUUUCAGCAACUGAUCCAAUCUCAAGUGUUCGAGAUUCUCACAACUCCUUGUGAGAUCUCCAACCAGCCAGAACUUGAGAUCCCGGAGAAGUCAGCAGAAUUUCUGGAACAGUCAGCUCUUCCAGAAACAAUGGAGCAAGCUGUAGAAGUCCAAAGAAAUUCUGGAGAAGCUGAAAAGGAAACUCAAAUGGCAGAAGUGGAGGUCUCUCAAACUCCAAUAGCCAUGUUUGAAGAACUGAAUGAAGCUGAAGAUAGUGACUCCCUCUCUAGAUAUAUAUCAAAUUUUGCGCUUGAUGAAGCAGAAGGAGAGUCUGAGAGAACACUGAAGGUUACUGAUGAAGAAGAUGUACAAGAAGAUGCUGAAUCUCUUCCUAUGCAACUCUUCCAAAGAACACCAUCUUCUCAUCAGGUAACCAAUUUCCAUUUCCAUAGCUCCUCCACUCAUACUCUUCCGGAUGAGAUACCGGAAAUCUGGACAAAGAAGGUCCAAGGGCUAAUUGAAUCAGCCCUAGCAUCUCAACAUGCCUCCUUUAGGCAAGAGAUAGAGCAAAUGGAAGCCAGGUACACUCAGCUGAUAGAGAAAUCAGAAGAAAAACACAGCACAGAUCUCAAAGAAAUAAGCAAAUCAGUAGAAAAGACUCUAGAGAUCAUCUCUCUAUUGAGUAAAACUGUGAGCAACACGAUGGAGAUAUAUGCCUCUGACAGUCAACUUCAACUCAAGGAGAUCAACAAAGUCAAAGAGCAAAUAGCGAGUGUCACAGUUGGUCUACAAAAACAGAUGUCCCUUCUUCAAAUGGACAUCAGAUCAACAUUAGCAGUAGCCUCAACAAAUCAGGUAGUGACCAAAGACUACUUGAAGAUGAUCAUUGACAAUCAGAAGGAAGCAUUCAAGUUGUUCAGACUUAUUGGCGCAAAUUCUGGAAAUCGCAAGAUGGAAGUAAUUCUCCAACAACACAGUCCAUCUCCAAUACCACAGCUCCCCAUUGCAGUCAAAGAAGGAGAAGUCUCUUAUAUUCCUUCUCAUCUGAACAUGACAAAUCUAAUCCUUGAAGCACAACAAAGAAGUCCAGAGAAUUCAGCACAACAUCUAUCUAGCUCAGGACAAGAUGGAACAGAAGGUAUAGGAACAAUUGCUGCCCACUUCUCAAAUGAUGUCCUAACAGAGGAAAGACGCAACAAUUUAAGGCGUAUCAGACAACUCUGUGGAAACAUGCAAGGCAUCAGUGAGGCUGCCGGAUCUUCAAAGUGCAAGAGAAAAUCGAUCGAGAUGGCGAGAAUGGAUCCGGACGCACUGGCGAAGGCAUUUGUCGAGCACUACUACUCCACCUUCGAAUCCAAUCGCGCCAAUCUGGCCGGUCUCUACCACGAAGGCUCCAUGUUGACAUUCGAGGGACAGAAGAUUCUCCGCUCCGCCAACAUCGUCAGCAAGCUCACCGGCCUCCCCUUCCAGCAGUGCAAGCACAACGUUACCACCGUCGACUGCCAGCCCUCUGUCACUCAAGGCGGCUUCAUCGUCUUCGUCAGCGGCAGCCUCCAACUCGCCGGCGAGCAGCACGCCCUCAAGUUCAGCCAGAUGUUUCACUUGAUGCCAACACCCAAUGGAAGUUUUUACGUGCACAAUGACAUAUUCCGCUUGAACUAUGCAUGAAGGCUUAGGAUUCUAGUGUCUAUUGGGGUUUGUGUUUCAUUGAUGAUGGAAAUGUCAACAAAAACAAUUGAAAAAAAUUGACAUGCUUAUGGGUGUCAGAUGAUACUUUGGUUUCGAAUGUGUUUUUUUUGUCUUGGUUACUAAUAAUAUUUCAGUUUUGAU